UUUGCAAAGCUUGCACAGUUGCUUAAAAUAUAUUUUUUUAUGACUUGAGAAAUUCUUAGGAAAGGUCUUGAAAGUUACCAGAUAAAAAAGGCAAGGAACCUUAUAUUAUUUACCUUUCUAAAGAAAAGUAUUCCAAUUCAGCUUUUAAAAUGUUUACAAACAGACUUGCUUGCAAAUGGAGAUAAUAUAAUAUAGACCUUUAUUUUCCUUUAAAAUAUUAAUAAUAAUGCUUUUCCCCCUCAAAAAACACCUCUAUGUACAACCAAAAAAACCCCCCUUGAAUUCAUGUACAAAUCCCCGCCAGCAAUCUUAGUUUUGGAAUCGGAAACAGGAACCACUUUUCCAAACGACUUGUUUACGUUUCAGCUCUUACAUCAUUUUAAGCUUUACUGUACGACGUGCCCAAUUACUUGCCGUUUCCGAAUCUCUCUUGCGGCAACGGGCAGAGUUCAGGGUCACUGUUAUCGCCAAAUGAUUGGGCAACACAUCCACUGGGAAGAGAACCUCCAGAUUAGACCCUCUCUCCGCCACUGACCUUAACCGUUUUGGAGGCACAGGCGGCUGGCUAUUAGUUACCAUCGAACAACAAGGUCUGGAAACUGGAACUGGAUUGGGAGCGGAUAAUUGAUAACAAUUAAUGGGGCGAUGAACCAUCACCAGAGUUUGGGACCAAUUGGGUGGCGUGCAUAAUUAGCUAUUGCCGGAGACUUGUUUUCGCCGAGGUGUCCACCAAGUAAGCUCAACGAGAAUUCCAGUGCACACACUUACCGCUUUGGGUGUGUGUUUUGUGUGUGCAAUUUGAAACCAGUUACAAAAAGCUGACCCGCUUAGCCUGGGCUGGAUUAGAAAGACAUGGCCCAGCUGCAUGCGGCGCAUGCUCAGUAUCCGUUUGGACUUUAAGUGGAGCAGCCGUCUGUGCGAAAGUGAAAGGAUUACAGCAUGCAGACUGUCUUGAGAGCCUGUCUUGGCUGCUGCCUCUGGCUGCUGGCAUCCGUGCAGGCCUUGGAGAGUAUCUUUGGCUCAUUUAACUUGGAGCUGGAGUUUCCCACGCCGCAGGAAAGGGAGCGUACGCUGAGGGAGGGUCUGUACGAUCCCAGCAGCGUCAUACCCGUGGAUGUGGAUGUGUACUACAAGCAUGGCGAUGCCACGCCCUCGAUCUUUGUGACCAUUCCCCGAUUUGCCAAGGGCGUUCCCUACUCCCUGGCCUAUGUGACCAACGAGAUGAGACCGAAUGGAACCCUCCUUCAGGCCUAUCCCAGCUACGAGUGGCACAAGACCCACGGUGCGGACUGCAAUGGCCUGACCUCUGUGUACAGAACCCAGAUAGACGAGUGCGGCAGGAUGUGGAUCCUGGACAGCGGGGAGAUUGACUUCAUUCAGCUCUGCCCGCCACAGCUGUACGCCAUUGACUUGGAGAACGGCAAGAUCGUGCACCAAUACAAGAUGCCGAAGCGUCUGUACAAGGAGGGCGUGAGCCGCUUUGUCACGCCCACAGUGGACCUGCAUCCCGAGAACUGCGACGUGACCUUUGUGUACAUGGCAGACUCCAUUGGUGACGGCAUCGUGGUGUACGACGUGGCCGCCCAGCAAUCGUGGCGAAUUGAGAACAAGUUCACAUAUCCCCAUCCCGACUUUGGCACCUUCACCAUAGCCGGCGAGAGUUUCCAGCUGUGGGAUGGCACGGUGUCCACCACUCUCACCCCUCAUGGCCUUGGCGGCCGGCGAAUGCUGUACUUCCACUCACUGUCCAGCGAAUGGCAGAUGGGCAUACCCCUGGACGUGGUCAACAAUGGCAGCAACUGGAAGCUGAACGAUAUUGGCGCCGCCCUGGAACAGUUCCAGCUGCUGGGCAAGCGGGGUAGCCAGUGUGUGGGCACGGCCAUGAGUGAGACGGGUUUCCUUCUCUGCGGUUUGGUCAAGCCCUCGAGCAUCUUGGCCUGGAACAUACGCGAACCCUAUAGCCAUCAGAAUCUGGUGAUGCUGGUGGAAGACGAGGAGCGACUGCAGUUCACCAGCGGCCUUAAGAUCGUGCGUAACCACGAGGGCAAGGAGGAGAUGUGGGCUUUGUCCAAUCGGCUGCAGAAAGCCUUUGGAGCGGGCUUGAACUACAAGGAGGUAAACUUUCGCAUUCUGAAGUGCGGUGUUCAGGAGCUGCUUAGCGGCAGGCCGUGCAUUUGACUUGAAAACUAACCAAUAAAGCUGGUAUA